AGGUAUUGUGUAUAAAAGCCGACUCGACGAUCCACUCUUUCACUUACUUCUCGAGUAGAUCAAACAUGAAGGUGUUGCUAAUUCUGUGUACCGUCGCUCUCGCAUACGCUUCCAAACCAUCCUGUCGACUAGAACCCGAAACGGGUUUGUGUCGCGCCCGCUUUCCUCGUUUCUACUACGAUCCCGAAGAUGACACCUGCAAGAAAUUCGUCUACGGAGGAUGCGGAGGAAACGAUAACAACUACGAAACCGAAGAGGAAUGUUUAGCGGAUUGCAGAGAAACCGAAUAUUCUGUGGAUUCCGUUGCUUAUUGCCACCUGAAGCCGGAACGAGGAAUGUGCUUGGCUUACAUGCCGCGUUAUUAUUACAAUGCCAAAACGCGUAAAUGUGAGAAAUUCAUCUAUGGUGGAUGCGGUGGCAACGCCAAUAACUUCGAGAGUCGAGAGGCAUGCGAAGACAAAUGCAUCCAGCCAGAAGUCGAGUUUGCUGAGGUUCCU